CCGCUCAUCAUCUCUGUUUAUACAAUGGGGAAGGUGAGCAGCGACUCAGGUUGUUGUGAUUAAACGAGUUAAGUUACACGUCUGAGUUUGAACUCGGCAACGUCGGAGGUCGACUUAAUAAAAGAGCAGUUGAAGGGAGAUGGAGAGUGGGGAAGACAGUGUCCUCCGGUCUCGCUGCCGAGUCAUUCCUAAGUUGCCCACCUUCCCUGAUUUAGAUAGCUCUUUGGAUGGGGGAUGUAACCAGGGAGAACAUCAGCAAGGCAGUGGAAGCAACCACAUUACCAGCAAUGGAACAUUUGAAGUGGAACAUGUGAUCAGCAAAAAGCUACAACUGAAAAGGAAGGCAGAGCAGUGUCGAAAAAUGAAAAGCAAUGUAACUCACCUGAAGAGUGACCUGAUGCGUCAGUUUGACAGUCAGGUUAAUGACUUCAUGGACAGUCUUAUUGAGGAGUCGGCCAGCCUGGAGCCUGCUCCUGUACCUGCUGUCUUCUCACCUCUGCUGUCAGACAAGGAGAAAAGCAAACUCAGGCAUUUUAGGCCUCCUCAUGGCCUGGGCAAGCAGUUUGUCAGUCGCAGGUCCCUCCUAGAUGAGCUGUUUGAGGUGAACCACAUCAGGACUAUCUACCACAUGUUUAUUGCCCUGCUCAUUCUCUUUAUCCUCAGUACGCUGGUGGUAGAUUUCAUUGAUGAAGGCAGACUGGUGCUGGACUUUGACCUGCUUGUCUAUGCGUUUGGACAGUUCCCUCUGGUGGUGUGCACAUGGAUCUGUAUGUUCCUGUCUGUGUUGCUGGUUCCUUACACCCUGUUCCACCUGUGGUCACAGACCCAGUCUGGGUCUUACAGUCACCCCAGGUUGUACAGUUUGCUGUUUGGCUCUGUAUUCCUGCUCUACCAAGCUCUGGGUCUGGGAUUCCUGCCUACAUAUGUGGUGGUGACCAACAGUUUCCCACCUGCAUCCUGCUUCAUCAUCAUCCUGGAACAGGUGCGUCUAAUGAUGAAAGGCCACUCCUUUGUCAGGGAGAAUGUACCAAGAGUCCUGACCUGGGCUAACGACAAGACCAGCCCCAGCCCAGUGGUCCCUCAGGUUUCUCAGUAUCUCUACUUUCUGUUUGCACCCACACUCAUCUACAGAGACAAGUACCCCAGGAACCCAGUGAUCAGAUGGGGCUACGUGGCCACAAAGUUACUUCAGGUACUAGGCAGUCUGUUUUAUGCCUAUUACGUGUUUGUGCGACUGUGCAUCCCUCAGUUCCGCAGCAUCAGUCUGCAGCUGUUUGAUCUGAGGGCCAUGGUCCUCUGUGUCUUUAACUCCAUCUUGCCAGGAGUGUUGGUUCUCUUUCUGGCAUUCUUUGCAUUCCUCCACUGUUGGCUUAAUGCUUUUGCUGAGAUGCUCCGCUUUGCUGACAGGAUGUUUUACAAGGAUUGGUGGAAUUCAACCUCUUUUGCCAAUUACUAUCGCACCUGGAAUGUGGUGGUCCAUGACUGGCUAUACUACUAUGUGUACCGGGACUUGCUCUGGAUGUCUCAGAAGCGUUUCAGACCAGCAGCCAUGCUGUUUGUGUUUACAGUGUCUGCAGUGGUCCACGAGUACAUUCUUGCAAUCUGCUUUGGCUUCUUCUAUCCCGUGCUCUUCUGCCUCUUUAUGUGCUUUGGAAUGAUGUUCAACUUCAUUCUGCAUGACCAAAGGAAAGGUCCCAUCUGGAACAUAAUCAUGUGGACAUCCCUCUUCCUGGGUCAGGGAGUCAUUAUCUGUCUGUACUCCCAGGAGUGGUAUGCCCAGCGCUACUGCCCCCUAAAGGAGCCUUCGUUCCUUGAGUUACUGAAGCCUCGCUCCUGGAACUGUCAGAGAGGCCUGGUGGCAGACUCCGAUAGGCUGUGAUCUACGUUUUGGACUACUGCCGACGACCAUCACUGAUCAGUAUAAAUUUGACCAAACUUUGUUACUUUCAUAACUUCUGGUCUUUCAUGUGUGUUUUAUUUUAUUGCACUAAGGUUGUGACUGAGUCUGUGUAUGAAUGUGUGGAAGAGAUUCAGGUAUCAGCCAAAAUGUUCUUUACUCUAACAGCAAAGUCAAAGUGAUGCCUUACUUACCUGUUUUAUGUUUUCAAAAACAAACCCAACAAAAUUACAAGUUCACAUAAAACUACAUGUGAACACUUAUUUUUAUGUACUUUUUUUUUUUUUUUUUAACUUUUCCUUGAUCAACUGUGAAACCACUCCUUGUGCCAAUAUGAUAUAGUGGCAAUCAUUAUACGGCAGCUGAAUACAAACAUUACACUAUAUGCAUCAUUCAGAUAUGCAGUAAUAGUUCAUAUGUAACAAAGUUUGCAAUUACUAGUGUAUUAUAAAUUUUCAUUCAGUAUGUUGUUUGGAAAGACUUAACAUUUUAUUUAUUUUCACUGCCAAUAAGAUUUAUUUUGUUUGGUGUUUUGUAGAAAUCUAUGAGGAAUUGUGGCCACUGUAUUUUAACUUAAAGAUUGCAGUCAAAGAGGAAAUUUAAGGCGGCAUUCGACACGUUGAUAUAAUUGGGAAAUCUACAAUCUACAGACUGUGGUACACUUGAACUCUAAUGUUUUCCCAAAUUAAAUAGUAACUUUUCUCUUUAUCUCCAGCUGUCAAGCCACAAGGAUGUUGGGCACUCAUUCAAAAUCAUGACACCGAACUCCAUGAAACAAAAUGUUAAACAAAAUAGAGAUGACACUUAAUAUAUUGGUGUGACUGCUGAAUGUAUUCUUGAUGAUUCGAAUAUUUUUAGUUGAACUGGUUUGAACAUACAUUGUCAAAGAGAGUUUCUUGUGAACCUAAAUUAAUACCUAAAUGUUUUAUUUUGUUCAUGACCAACGCUGAGAGUUAUGUGAAGGUGAAGUCACUACAGAAUAACUACUACUGUAACUUUUGCAGCUGGCUGCUAGAAUGUUAUAACAUUGAAAUAGUGAUGAUACUUGAUUAGCAAUAAGUUUGCUUUGUCAGAGUACGUUAAAUGAGACAGUGUUUUGUGGCUGAAAUCAUACAAGUAUACAUUUUACAGAACAUGAAUUAACAUGUCAAACUAAUGGAAUAAGGAAUUUAUAUCCUCAGUAUGCUUUUAGUUCUUGUGGUUUUGAAAUAAUGUGUUUACACAUUUGUAUUGGUUUGAGGAAAUUGCAAAGUUAUUGCACAGUUAAUGUUGCCAAUUCUGACAUAUUUCAAUGCAGGGAGACUGUAUUUACGCUUGUGAAUAAUGAGAUGCACAAUACAAAGUAAAAACCAGCAAUGGAAGACGCUGCACUUCCAAAAACUGUUUGACCACAAGAUGGCACUGUAUUAAAAGCUUUUACUUUUGAUCCUUCCGCUCAAUUUAGUUGUGAAUUGUGGUCAGCAGCAAGAGAGGCUUCCCCAGAGUCCCUUACAAAUUUUAUAUUAAACGCCAGUACCAGCAACUUGUUUUUUAAAUAUGUUCAUAUAAUAGCAGAAACACUGGAAUCCCCUGUGGUACUUAAGUAACUCCACAUUUGGCUGAAGCUUCAAUCUUGCAUUAUACCUUUGAGAUUUUGUUAACAAGGAUAAUAUUUAUAGUAUUGAAAUGCUGUUUAUUUAGAUGAGAUAUGUAUUUUUAGGAGCAGAGCUUUGCCUACUUAAAGUCAUAUUUGUGUUGAUUGUGAUCCCUUUUUUCUUGGCCUUGUGUCAGGUGACAAUAUUAUGAAUCAGUAUGUUCUAUUUUCAGAUAUAGACAAAUGUCUGAUACAUUCUUUAAAGACACAUCACACUAUAAAAACUAUUAAGAAUAUAAAAUGAAGUAUGUCCCUCUUUAUCUCUUUCAUUCAACUUUGACUUUUAUGAAUGUGUUGUAUAUAAUUCCUGUUGUAUAGAAUGGUCAAUGUGCCAAUUAAAUAGUAUUGAAAUAGUC